GCCCCGUGUCAGCUCGUCCCACCAUGGCUGCUCUGCUGGAAAAGAUGCCACCUGACUACACCCUGGCAACCUGUCCGGAGAAACCAUCUGAGGACACCAUCAAAGUAAGACCUGUGGUGCCUCAGAAACCUGAAGACAUCACUUCCAAGAUGCCCGCUGACUGGAGGCAGCAACUUCUCAGGCACAUAGAGGCUAAACGGUUGGAUAGGAGUGGUGUCCUAAAGCACAACACGCUCACGCUGGGCAUGCUCUAUCAGGGCGGGGGUCAAGGCCAGGGGCGCAGCAGCACUUUGAACUUUAACCUUUACAAUAACACUAGGCAUGAGUCCCCUGCUGGCCACUGGCUGCCUCUACCUCCUCCUCCAUCUGCCAUCACU